UACUGGCAUUUGUCCAUGAUUUUUUUUAUUAUUAUUUUCAAAUUCUGAAAAAUUAUUUUCACAAUUUUUUUUUAGCAAUUUUUUUUUCCAAUUUUCUUUUUUUGGGAAGGUCUUUUCAUAAUUAACUUGUUUGUCUAUGAUGGGAUUGGUUGCUCUGUUGUGGAGCUUAUUUUGUCUUUUUUUGGGUACCUUCCUUCUAUAUAAGUCUUACAACCCCACCACUCCUAAAUACUCCCCCUUCAUUCCCCUCUAAAAUUCUUCUCAAGAUUUCAUUUCUUUAUUUCUCAUAUUUCUUUUUUAACUUAACUUUGAGUUAGAGAGAUAAUGGAAGAAAUGGCUUCUUUAUGGAGUUACCAAGAGACCAUGGAUGAAAUGAGACAGAAGCUUUUGUACACAAGUCUUGAACUAGAACAAUUGAAGGUUGAAAAAAAUGAAGAAAUGAAAAAGAACAAAGAAUAUGCAAAACAAUUGAUCCAACUAUUGAAGAUGGUUUGUCAAGAAAGAGAUGAAGCAAAAGAUCAACUUCAGAAACUACUCAACAAACUUGAUAGUCCUCUUGUGAAGGUCACAAAAGCAAAUUCAAGUAUAACUGAGUCCAACAGCCUACAUAAUUCAUCUCCAAUCGACUCGUUUUUCGAUACAGUUUCAUCUCCUGAAUUUUCCAACAACAACAUGGCUGAUUCAAAUGCGGUAGCCUACAUGAACCAGCCUUUGGCUAAUGAUUGUAACGUCCGAUUAUCGGACAAUUGUGUCCCUCAAAUGGCCCCAAAAGUUGAUAAUGCCACUUUGGUUAUUGACAGUUUUGUAAAAGGGAAAACUUUGCCACAACAAGGGAAACUAUUGAAGGCUGUUGUUGAAGCAGGGCCACUUUUGCAGACACUUCUAGUUUCAGGACAACUUCCUCAAUGGCACAAUCCCCCUCAGCUUAAGUCAUUUAAUAUUCCACAAGUUUCCAUUAUAGCAAAUCAGAAUAUUGGUGCAAAUUUGAGCUACAUUUCUUCAAGAUCAUUUCAUUCUCAACCAUAUUUUGACAUGUCAUGUGGAUCUUCACAAAUGUUGUCGACACCUAUGUUAAAUUUUGCUAAUUCUGCCACUGGUUCUUGUUUGGAAAAUCAGAGUUUGAUGUCUGCUGGUGCGGAUUUUAACAGUUUUGUCCAGGGAAAUAGACAAAGGUUGCAGUGAAACAAGUUGAAGGAUGAAUAGCCUAUGCUUCCAAUUUUGUGUAAAGUAGAUUGCCUGGUGUAAAUGGUUAUAUUGAUUUUUAACAUAUUCCAAAUAUAAUACUCUCCACACUUUCCUUUUUAAUCUGUUCCAAAAAGAAUGA